CAGCGGGAGCUUCCGAGGUCAAAGGUGACAGCUUCCGGCAACUCGCGUCUCUGCCCGCCCACCUCGCCCCUUCCACUUUUCGCUUGCGGAAAGCUGCGAGGCCGGAUGAGGGUCGUGCGUAAUUGAGCUUUUUAAGAAGACAACAUGGAACCUUGUUCCUGUGACACCUUCGUGGCAUUACCUCCAGCAACAGUUGAUAACAGGAUUAUUUUUGGGAAAAAUUCAGAUAGACUCUGUGAUGAAGUACAAGAGGUAGUUUUUUUUCCCGGUGCAGUUCAUGAUAACCUGGGAAGACAUCUUAAAUGUACUUACAUAGAAAUUGAUCAAGUUCCUGAGACAUAUGCUGUUGUCCUUAGUCGCCCAGCUUGGUUGUGGGGGGCAGAAAUGGGAGCCAAUGAGCACGGAGUUUGCAUUGGGAAUGAAGCUGUCUGGGGAAGAGAAGAAGUCUCUGAUGAAGAGGCACUACUGGGCAUGGACCUUGUCAGACUUGGCCUUGAAAGAGCCGAUACAGCUGAAAAAGCCCUCAAUGUCAUUGUUGAUUUAUUAGAAAAAUACGGCCAGGGAGGAAAUUGUUCAGAGGGUGGUAUGGAAUUCAGUUAUCACAACAGUUUCCUGAUAGCUGAUAGGAAUGAAGCCUGGAUUUUGGAGACUGCAGGAAAGUACUGGGCAGCGGAAAAAGUACAAGACGGAGUUCGUAAUAUUUCUAAUCAGCUUUCCAUAACAACCAAAAUUGAUCAGGAGCACCCAGACAUGAGAAACUAUGCUAAGCAGAAAGGUUGGUGGGAUGGUAAAAAGGAGUUUGAUUUUGCUGCAACAUACUCAUAUCUUGACACAGCUAAGAUGAUGACUUCAUCAGGCAGAUACUGUGAGGGCUACAAGCUUCUGAAUAAACACAAAGGAAACAUAACUUUUGAAACAAUGAUGGAAAUCCUCCGAGAUAAACCAAGUGGCAUUAAUAUGGAAGGAGAAUUUCUGACCACUGCAAGCAUGGUUUCUAUUUUACCUCAAGACUCCAAUCUUCCUUGCAUCCACUUCUUUACAGGGACUCCUGAUCCUGAGAGAUCAGUUUUUAAGCCUUUCAUAUUUGUGCCAAAUAUUUCACAACUAUUGGAGACCAGUUCACCAACAUUUGAACUUGAAGAUCCAGUUAAAAAGAAGUCACAUUUUAAGAUUAGGCCUGACAGAAGACACCCACUCUACCAAAAACAUCAACAGGCAUUGGAAGUAAAAGAUAAUGAUAAGGAAAAAGCCAAAACAAUGUUGGAUGACAUGAGGAAACUGGAGAAAGGACUGUUCAAAGAGAUGGAAUCAAUCCUUCAAAACAAAUAUAUUGAUGUGGAUGAAGUGGUUAAUCUCUUUUCUCGAUGUGCAAAAGAUGAAAUUAGAAUUUAUGAGUCGAGUAUUAAUUGUUAGUGACCACAUAAAUGGUCAACAAUCUUCCUCAAAGUUACAUUCUUUUGCCUGAUUUAUAAACCUAGUUUGAGCAGAUCUGAUUAUUCUUUAGUAGUAUUGAAGUGAUAUCCUGACUAUUAAUACUAUGCCUAAUCUUGCUGAAAUACUGAGGAAGAAGACAACAUUGGAAUUGGACACACAGAUAUGGGCUCGUCAGGUGUUACUUUAGGUAACAGACUUGUGUUCUUUUUUAGCCACAGUAACUAUUUUUUGUCCCAAUAAUUAAAUAUUCAAUGUGUAAAGCAUGAAGCAAAACCAUGUAUGGAUUUAUAUUUGUUGUAAUUAUAUACUGCCCUGAUAUCAUUUUCUUAAAUUAUAUCAAAAAACAAAACAGAUUCUUGGUGUAAUGGCAAAUACUGCCUCAGGUAGUGAGUUGUGCUUUAGCACAUAUUAACCAGCUCUAACAAGAACACUUUCUGGACUUAAAUAUUGAGUCUCUGUCCUUAAAUCGAACCAAAAACUAAACCCCUUGCCAUCGAGUCGAUUCUGACUCAUAGGGACCCUAUCGUCCAUUAAUUCUGUGAAUGCACUUUUACUGAACCCAGAUAUGCUUUUUGUUAAGACUUUGGUGACCUGUGAGCUUUUAGCUCUAAUUAUCUAGUAUUUUAGGAGCCAUUCCCCCUUAUGGACUUUUAUGUUAAUAAAAUAUUUUAGAAGAGCUUGCCUGGGAGCUUUUUGGUCUCAAAUCUCUUUCAUCUUUUAUUUCUGUUCAGUUGGUAAAAACAGGAACAGGAAAAUGGCAAUGAAAUAAAAUUAUUAGUGUAUCACGAGCAUUAUUAUAAAGGAGCAGCAAUGUCUGCUCAAAGUUUAUCAAACUUUGUUAAAAUAAUGCAAAUACAAACAAAAAAACCCAACUCAAAAUUAGGUAUUUUUUGGUUUCUAGAAACGUCAGUUUUUGGUAUUUGAUAACAUUGUUGGUCAUUAUCAUUGAAAUUAGGAUUAUAAUACAGAAAUGGGUCAUUAUAUCUAAGAAGUGCCUAGGAAGUUAUUUUUAAAAUAAAAAUAAUAGCUGUAAUAUGCCUGAUAUUGCUCGUCUAAUACAGGGUUGCUAUUACAAAGGAAAAGAUGUCUAACUCAGGUACCAAGUUGAUUCUGUGUUUGCCUUAUGUAUGGCUCAGUGAUAGUCUCCCUAAAUCAUGAAGACCCCGGUCUGAUCCCAUGCUCUUUUUCUUUUAAUAGAUGAGGGAACUAAGGGUGAUCAGUUAAUUGAUUUAUCCAGGGUCACAGACUUGAAUCUCAUUUCUCUCUCUGGUGUCAGCACGUUCUGCUUCUCUUUGCCACCUCCACAGACCAAACUUGCACCAGCUCUCACCCAAACGGCUACUGUAACUGUUCUCCCACACCCAUUUUUAUUCUUUAUCCAUCCACGUGGGUUACUGCAGCCAGAGUGAUCUAUUACUAAACAUUUAAAUCUGAUGAUGAACUCCCCUUUCGAAACUCUUUUAAAGAUUCAUUUUUCUUAAGGUAAAGUCCCAAUCCUUAACAGAAACCACCAAGAUCCUCCUGAUCUCCCUCUGUCCACAUCUUACUGCACUUUACCCAUUAUUUUUUAAGUUUCAGCUGUGCUGCUCUUUCAAGCCAGUUCAGUUUCUGAUUUCAUGGGUGUUCCCUCUUCUUGCAUCAUUCCACUCCAUCACUUUUAUGUUGUUGUUGUUAGUUGCUCUCAAGUGGAUUCUGACUCGUGGCAACCCCAUGUGUGCAGAGUAGAACUGCGCAAUAGGAUUUUCAAGGCGGUUUUUGUCCUGCAGAGCUGCUGGGUGGGUUCAAACUGCCAGGCUUCUGGUUAGCAGCUGAGUGUUUAACUAUUGUGUCACCAGGGCUUCUUUGUGAGGAUAGGAACCAUAUUUGUUCCCAUUUUUGUGUGCCCACUGUUUAAACCUGUGCCUGGCACAUAAAAAAAAAAAAAAAGUAGAUGCUAAAUAUUUGUUAAAUGACCAUUCAAAUAAAGCACCAAUGGAGAGAAUUUACACACCCCUGUUCUCUGCCUGUAGAAAUCAGCUAGACAAUCUAUCUGUACAAUUUAGUAACCUUUGAUAACUCAGUCAACCUGUCACCUUUUCCCAUAUUCGAAAUAAAGGGAAGGAUUAUUAUAAGGGUAUGUACAUUAAUUUAUAAAAUAGUUUGGAAGAUUUUCACUCUGUAAAUCCAAUGUGGUAUUCAGGCUUUAGGUACCUGUGUGGGUAAUUAAUGCCUUAAAAAAAAAAAAUUUUUUUUUUUAUAGUUUAGAAAAUAGAAUGUUUUCUUAAAUUUUAGCUGUGUCUUAUGAGUAAAUAGUAGCUGAAAUUAAGCUUUAUUUUUGUCAGCCUUAAAUUUGUUAUUAUUUACCAUUAUUUAAUGAAGAAAGGUAAUAAUCUAAUAAACUGAAUAGAGAAAAAUAGUUUGCUUGAGCUUUGUUUCAAAAACAGUUCAACAGAGCAAAUGCUUUCUUUUUUAAAAUUAAAUUUUCAAGUUUUUUCCAUACUAAUUGCAGAGAUGUAUAAUCCUGUCUUUUCCUGAAGGACGGUGAUACAUUUAUGAUUCUGAACUGUUCCAGUCAUUACUUAUCACAUGACUAUGUAGGCCCUGUGGUAUAAAGUAAUUUAAUAUUUUACAGGUUAUAAGAUAUGAAGGGGCAAAAACCAAGAGCCGUGUUCUGCUGCAUAGCAAACAAACAAUAGUUUUAAAUUUGUUUUGCUUUUAGAAACUUACUGAUCAUUCAUUAUUAUUCUAAAAAUAUCAAGCAUACUUUACCUUAUUCUAUAAAUAUUGAAGACUGAGCACAAACUAGUCAUGGAAUUAUUUAUUGAGAGCUAAGAAAAGAACAAUUAUUGACUGCUGAAGAUUAGUGUAACAGGGGUAUGUUUAAUCAAAUCGUACCACUUCAUUUUCCAAGCUGUGACCUUGCAUAUUAAAAAUUGUGACCUGUGUGAAAAGGACUCUAAUGUCAUAUUGACUCAUUCAUAAAAAAUUAUUACUGAAUGCAUAAUUGGGAAAGGUACUGUGCACAGAUCUCAUAGAGUCACGAAGAAUAAAACAAUCUUAGGAAACCCACUUAAGAAAACGUUGAGAAAUGAUAGCAAAGACCUCUACAAUGGCUUCUGCAUUAUUCAGAUAAAGAAAAGACGUUGGCAUUGUAAGUUAAAAUAGCUAUUUUAUUGAGAAAGUUGCUUUGUCAGUGAGAAAGUAACAGUUACAAAUAUUUUCAUUUAAUAAGAUGAGCAUAUCCUUAAUUCUAAAAACAUCUCUUAAAAGUCUUCAUUAUCUGAAACUGCAGACCAUUCUAAUCCAGUGUUUUAGUAUCUCCUGUGGAAAAGGAUGUGGCAGCUCCCUUCGUGCAAAUAACAGAACAUACGUGAUAGGACUUUUUCACAAACAAAACAAAUUCUCCAUUUGCAUUUGAGUUGCCUGCAUGCUUGAGAAUUAAUAUCUCUAUUACUGUAACUAUAAAAGUCUCCUGGAAUAGCAGAGAACCAUUUAGAGUCAUAAUGUGGUCUUUUUUUUUUUUUUUAAUUUCCUCAGCAAGGCAAUUAUUUAAAAAAUCCCCAUUCCCUAUUCAUAAUUUAAACUGUAUAGGUUAAUACUAAAGUAUAAUUGUUAAAUACACUAGGCUGCCAUGCAGGUUUUCUUUUUUAUUUUUACAUAUUUUUGCAUUAAAAGGAUAAUGACACUAACCUUAUAAAUUCAUCUCUAUUUGGCUUUUACAUAUGAGAUGCUAAAAGUAUGAGAUAAACAAAUACUUGAAACGUUUUUUAAAUAAGUUAAAACUGGCGCAGACAGGUAAUAAUUAAGUAGAGUUUCAAAGGUCAUGUGAAUGGCAUCAGAAUGAGGUAAUUUAAGUUUUAAGUAGUUUAGUCUCUCUUUAAUUCAGUAAGAUAAAACUUAUCUGAGGCCAACAUUUAAUAAUUUCCCAAUUUAUAGACCUUUAUACAUGGGUACUUAAAAAAGACUAAAUUCUAAAUGUAACAUGAUAUAAAGCUUAGAAUUUUAAAAUCUUGGCUUGUACUGUAUAGAUUUUUUUUUUUACUAUCAGGAAUAGGUAAUAGAGUUAUCCUUCUGUACUGUGAUGUUCUUGCAAACAGUAGAAAUGAUACAUUACAUGACAGUAGUUUUGUUGAUAAAAUUUAAACAAAUUACUCAGAUUAUCAUUUAUAAUACAAAAGUUAAAGAUUAGACUAUAUUACUAUUGGAAGAUUGUGGACAUAAUAACAUGGAGGUUCUUACUCCUGUCUUAAUGGCACAGAUUAGUAUUUUGGCUAUAAAAGCAAGAAAUGAUGGACCUUAAAGAAAUAGUGCUUCCAUUUUGUAAGUGUACCCUUUGUCAAGAAAAUGGGAAAAUAAAAAGAGUAAGAAGGCCUUUUAUCAGAAUCAUUAAAAUUCUUUUUUAGCAGGUGCUAUUAAUAAGUGCAAAGUUGUCAUAAUUUAAGGUUCAUUUAUUGUCAGCAGAAUACUUGCCAAAUUUGGCAAAUUAAAAAAAUGGUUAAUCGGAUGUUGAUUUUGAUUUUACAGCAAACAGUUGCAGAAAAUAAUGAUUUUAAAACAUUGGCAUAAUUAGUAUUGUUUAUAGUAAUUAUGUUCAUUAUCAGAACUUUAAACUUUGAUUAGGUUUUUUUUUCUAAGUCAGUUUCCUACAUGUUUUACGUAUACAUAAAAUUAUAGAAUGUCAGUGUCAGGUAGGAACACACUUCAUCAAAUCCCUUCCUUUUACAAAAGAGGCAACGGAGGCUCAGAGAGGUUGUGACUUGCCCAAGGUCACACAGCUAAUCAGUAACAGGUCUAGGGCUAGAAUAUGGCUCCAUGUGGGGUUCUCUCCUUCAUAAUUUAGGUUUUAGGGGAAAGUGAGGAUGGGGAUGAAUGCUCAAUUUCUUUAUAUCUCUCCUGUUGGAGGGUGCUUGCAUUAGUAACAGGAGGACUCUGUUCAGAAUUCUUUUGAAGAAAUCUGUAAAACAAGUACUCAUCCCGAAAUUCAUAUUCAUUGGUAAUAUGCUGAAUGACUCCCCCUUGCACCAGUCUGUCUCCAUAUAUCACAGCUUCACCACGGUCAGAUGCAAGGCCGACUUCAAUUAGCCAGUUCACUAGGUCACAGCCACAGAAGGUCCCAGCAGAAGUCUUUGCACCACACCUGCAUGUCAAAGGAAUGAUUCACCCAUAUGUUUUGUAAACCUGGUAUCAGCACUGCAUGAUGGAGGACAAGCAAGGAAACAUAGAAGGAAACAUGGAAAGACAGCAUGAUAGUUAAAGUAUGAUAAUUAAAAUAUAAAGGGUUUGUGAAUUCACCUGACCCUGGAGAUACCCACUGGAGAAAAGCAGAAUUUGCCAAUAAUGCUUGUGAAAACAGAAAACAACAAAUGGUACAGAUAAAUACAUCUACGAAGUAUUCUUUUUAUAGUAGCAUGGUCUUUUAUGAUCAGAUCUAUUCUGUAGACAACUGAAAAUUAUACAUUUUCUAACUUACUAUGAAGCCCUUGUGGCGCAAUGGUUAAGCACUUGGCUGCUAACCGAAAGGUCAGUAGUUUGAACCCAUCAGCAACUCCUCGGGAGAAAAGACCUGGCGGUCUGCUCUUGUAAAGAUUAAAACCUAGGAAACCCUACAGGGCAGUUUUACUCUGUCCUCUAGGGUCACUAUGAGUCAGAAUUGACUUGAUGGCACACAACAACAACAUAACUUAUUAUACUCUUAGUUAUAAUAAGUAAUUUAAGUCUCAGAAAUACUAAAAAAUAUUUUACAAGCUCUUAAGAAGGGAUUUUUUUUUUUGUUAAUUAAACUACUGAAAUCAAACUUUAUACUUUGAGCUUGUCAUCAUUCCCACAAAUAGCCAUUCCUGCUCUCUGCUGUCAAAACAAUCACACUGAUGUGUUUGUCAGGAAUUUGCCUUCAUUAGGAAGCAAGGGAAGAAUAAGUGAGAUCUGCUUUGAAAUAAGUCUAAGAUUUUAAAAUGCACUUUGAUUAUGAAUCUACUUGAUUAUUUAAUAUUUGUCUUCCUGAUGCAAAUGUAGGGUUCCUUAGGUAUGAGCAAAUAAAUAAGGGAAAGACAAAUGCAAAAACACAAUUAAUGAAUUCUUCAUAUUUUCAUACAAAUAUGUAAUAGAAAACAUGAAUCUGUUCACAAGCAUGAGUCAAGCUGUAAAACAAAAUGCUUGACAAGAACAGCGAAGAUCAAGAUGGAAUGAGAAAUAGGUGACACAAAUUUUUAAAACAUUUAACCAUAAAUGAAUAUACAUUAGCACUUCAUAUAAAAUUUAGAAGAGAUUAAUAUACAAAAAAAUUUUCUCAAAUACAUAAAAUCACAAUAUUUUAAAAUCAGUAUUUAGUGAUAAUAUAUCUUAGUUUAUGCUUGCAACUACAAACAUCACUUUCAGCAAAAGCCUGAAUAUUACAACCCAUGUCUGAGCCUUAUUCCUGCUUGUUGAUUCUUAAUUUAUAUCCCAAACCUAUCCCAGGCACAAACUGAAUAAUAUUGUUUUCCAAUGGCUGCGAUUAGGCAACUAUAAUAACAGCCCACAGAAUUGUACAGAGAGGCAGAGAGAGUGACGCUGUAGAGGCUGUAGAGCCUGGGAAGGGGCAGGGACAGGGCAGCACUAUGACUGGUCAGUGCCCAUUUGGCUGUCCAGGACUAAGGAAGCCUGAUAGCUCUGCAAACACCAAGAGCUGUGCUUCCUGAGAGUCAGCAAGAACGAUACGCCUGAAGAAGGCAGUGUGGAGUUCCCUUUCUUAAUUUUAAAAAGCAGUUUAAAUUGUUGAAACUAUUCAUAGGCAGUAUUUUAAAAUCAUUUGGUUGGGCCCUUUAAAGGUGGCAAACUAACUUUUCUUCAUAGUUUACCAUGUGCCAGGAACUGUGCUAGGCCCGCUACAUACAUUUUGUCAUCUAACAAAUUUGAGAGCUAGAUAUUUUAAAGAAGAGGAAAAUCAAGGUUUAGAGAAUUGAACUUGCCCAACUUCACAAAGCUAGUAAGUGGCAGACCCAGAAGUUGAAUCCUAGUAUUAGUCCACAUCCUGUGAGUCCCCUUUCCAUUACCUAUACCAGGCUACCUUCUGGUCAUAGUGACAUAUAUAUGUUAAAUAUAGUGGCAUAAUAUACGUCAAUAAAUCAUCCUUAAUAGUAAUUUUCAUAAGUCUUCAGUUAUAGACAUAAAAAGUAUAUGGUUCUUCACAUUUGUUUUGUUUUCUCUAACAACCAAAAAAAAAAAAAAAAAAAAACCAGCACUAUAACAUUUGUUUAUUCAGAGUUCAUCAUUUCCUGCCUGCAUACUCCAUACACCAAGGAUGAGGAGAAUAAACACGAUGUCACAGAUUGAUGGAGAUGAAGACUUAAGGUGAAAAAUAAGCAGCAGGAUUGAUUAAGAGGCAGAAAUUCUACUUCAUUUUCUUGACAAUAAUAUUAAUAAUAUGAAAUAACAUACCACUAGGAGAUGCGGAAGGAGUCCUGGUGGAGCAACGGUUAAGCACUUGGCUGCUAACUAGGCAGUUCAAACCUACCCGUCACUCCUGGGGAAAAAAGACCUAGCAAUCUGCUCCCAUAAAGAUUACAGCCCAAGAAAUCCUACGGGGUGGUUCUAUCCUGUCAUACUGGGUCACUAGGAGUUGAAAUUGACUCGAAACACAACAAAAACAAGAAAUGAGGAAUAUAAACUCAUUUCUAAAAUUCAAUGCAUCUUAAAAAGUUUUGUGAGAAACACUAAUGGCCAACAUGAAAUGAAUGCUAAUAUUCUGUGAUGUUUUGAUUCAUUCCGAAGUUUCUGCAUUUUAAAUGGAAGUUAUAUGACAUUUUAAAAAUAUUAAAAUCAGA